CACCGCCUUUUUAUUUUUAUAAUUUCUGGACCGUAAUAUUAUACCACCGCCCUUUGAAAGAGGGAAAUAAGACACAGUAAAAUUCCACACUCACUCGUAAACUCCUAAUCCAUAAAUUUUCAUUUUCAGUUGGAGCCCGCCGUUAGUACAUACAAAUCGCCGGUAGCUGUGCAGUUUUCUUCAGCAUAGGCGUAGGAGAAUAUUGAGAUUAAACAGACAUGGCGCAUCUGGGUGGUGGUGCGGAAGCACACGCACGUUUCAAGCAGUACGAGUACCGGGCGAACUCGAGCCUGGUGCUGACAACCGACUCUAGGCCGCGGGACACACACGAGCCAACUGGUGAGCCAGAGUCGCUAUGGGGCAAGAUCGAUCCCAAGAGCUUCGGGGACAGAGCGUACCGGGGGAGGCCACCGGAGUUGGACGAGAAGCUGAAGAAGUCGAAGAAGAAGAAGGAGCGGGACCCGCUUGCUGAACCUGCCCCUAUUCGGCAGACGAAGAGGCGUCGCCUUCAAGAGGAGAGUGUUCUCACUGCUACAGAGGAGGGCGUUUACCAGCCCAAGACCAAGGAAACCCGGGCUGCUUAUGAGGCCAUGCUCAGCGUCAUUCAGCAACAGUUGGGUGGCCAGCCUCUGAGCAUUGUCAGUGGUGCAGCCGACGAGAUUUUGGCCGUCCUCAAGAACGAGGCCGUCAAGAACCCCGACAAGAAAAAGGAGAUUGAGAAGUUAUUGAACCCUAUACCAAACCAUGUUUUUGAUCAGCUGGUUUCCAUUGGAAAGCAUAUCACUGAUUACCAAGAUGGGGCCGAUGCUUCUGCUGGAUCCACUGUGGCCAAUGGUGAUGACGCCCUUGAUGACGAUGUGGGAGUUGCUGUUGAAUUUGAAGAAAACGAGGACGAUGAUGAGGAGAGUGAUCUCGAUAUGGUUCAGGAGGAUGACGAUGAUGAUGAGGAUGACCUGGCUGAGCCCAAUGAAUCUGGGACAAUGCAAAUGGGAGGUGGGAUUGAUGAUGAUGAUAUGCAGGAGGCUAAUGAGGGCAUGAGCCUUAAUGUUCAGGACAUUGAUGCAUAUUGGCUUCAGCGGAAAAUCUCUCAAGCUUAUGAACAGCAGAUGGAUCCGCAGCAGUGCCAGAAGCUUGCUGAAGGAGCGCUUAAGAUUCUUGCUGAAGGCGAUGACAGGGAUGUUGAAAACAAGCUGUUGCAGGAGCUCCAGUUUGAGAAAUUUAGCCUCAUCAAGUUCCUUCUGCGUAACCGCCUGAAAAUUGUAUGGUGCACCCGUUUGGCAAGGGCCGAGGACCAGGAAGAGAGGAAGAAAAUUGAAGAGGAAAUGUUGCAAUUAGGUCCUGAUUUGGCUGCGAUUCUGGAACAGUUGCAUGCCACCAGGGCAACUGCAAAAGAAAGGCAAAAGAACUUGGAGAAGAGUAUUAGAGAAGAGGCACGUCGGUUGAAGGACGAGAGAGGUGGUGGAGAUGUUGACAGGGUUAAUAGAGGGCUUGUUGAUAGAGAUACAGACAGUGGUUGGUUGAAGGGCCAGUGCCAGCUUCUCGAUCUUGACAGUCUUGCACUUCAGCAUGGUAGGCUUUCGUCAAACCAUAAGUGCAUCCUUCCAGAUGGUUCUUACAGGCGCACUGGCAAGGGAUAUGAAGAAAUUCAUGUGCCAGCAUUAAAGCCAAGAGCAUUUGAUCCUGAUGAGAAACUUGUUAAAAUAUCUACCUUGCCGGAGUGGGCACAACCAGCUUUCCAAGGAAUGACCCAGUUGAACAGGGUACAAAGUAAGGUCUAUGAGGCUGCCCUUUUUCAAGCGGAUAAUAUCCUUUUAUGUGCUCCCACUGGGGCUGGAAAAACUAACGUUGCAGUGCUAACCAUACUCCAGCAGAUUGCAUUGCACAUGAACAAGGAGGAUGGUUCAAUCAACCAUGAUAGCUACAAGAUUGUGUAUGUUGCACCCAUGAAAGCUCUUGUAGCUGAGGUUGUUGGUAAUUUGUCUAACCGCUUGCAACACUAUGGGGUCAAGGUGAGAGAAUUAAGUGGUGACCAGACUUUGACUCGUCAGCAAAUUGAAGAAACUCAGAUUAUAGUCACAACCCCUGAGAAGUGGGAUAUCAUCACUAGAAAGUCCGGAGAUCGAACUUACACACAGCUUGUGAAACUUCUUAUCAUUGAUGAAAUUCAUCUUCUUCAUGAUAAUAGAGGUCCUGUCCUUGAAAGUAUUGUUGCUAGAACGGUUAGGCAAAUUGAAACUACAAAAGAGCACAUAAGGUUGGUGGGGUUAUCGGCCACUCUGCCUAAUUACGAAGAUGUGGCAUUAUUCUUGCGGGUUGACCUGAACAAAGGACUUUUUUUCUUUGAUAAUAGUUAUCGACCUGUACCUCUAUCUCAGCAGUAUAUUGGAGUAAUGGUAAGGAAACCAUUGCAGAGGUUCCAAUUGAUGAAUGAUCUUUGUUAUGAAAAGGUCAUGGCUGUAGCAGGAAAGCAUCAAGUUCUUAUCUUUGUCCACUCAAGGAAAGAAACAGCCAAAACAGCCCGUGCAAUUCGUGAUACUGCACUCGCUAAUGACACUCUUGGUAGAUUUUUGAAAGAAGACAGUGCAAGUCGUGAGAUUCUUCAUACUCAUACUGAUUUGGUAAAGAGCAAUGAUCUUAAAGAUCUUGUGCCUUAUGGUUUUGCAAUUCAUCAUGCUGGAUUAAACAGAACUGACCGCCAGCUUGUUGAAGAUCUCUUUGCUGAUGGGCACAUACAAGUUUUGGUGUCAACUGCAACUCUAGCUUGGGGUGUGAACUUGCCUGCACACACUGUGAUCAUCAAAGGAACCCAGAUUUACAAUCCGGAAAAGGGAGCAUGGACUGAACUAAAUCCACUGGAUGUCAUGCAGAUGCUGGGUCGUGCAGGAAGACCGCAAUUUGAUUCUUAUGGCGAGGGAAUAAUUAUUACAGGCCACAGUGAACUACAAUACUAUCUUUCUUUGAUGAACCAGCAGCUUCCCAUUGAAAGUCAGUUUGUUUCUAAAUUGCCUGAUCAGUUGAAUGCAGAGAUUGUUCUUGGAACGGUGCAGAAUGCUAAAGAAGCUUGUCACUGGAUUGGGUACACUUACCUUUAUAUUCGCAUGAUACGAAAUCCCACACUGUAUGGCUUGGAAGCUGAUGUUCUCAAAAGAGAUAUAACAUUGGAGGAGAGGCGGGCUGAUUUGAUUCAUUCUGCUGCAACGAUCUUGGAUAGGAACAAUUUGGUCAAGUAUGAUAGAAAAAGUGGAUACUUCCAGGUUACAGACUUGGGUCGAAUUGCUAGCUACUACUAUAUUACUCAUGGAACAAUAUCCACAUAUAACGAGCACUUGAAGCCAACAAUGGGGGACAUUGAGCUUUGUCGGCUGUUCUCACUCAGCGAAGAAUUCAAAUAUGUAACUGUGCGGCAGGAUGAGAAGAUGGAACUAGCAAAGCUUUUGGACCGUGUUCCCAUUCCUAUCAAAGAAAGCUUGGAGGAGCCCAGUGCCAAGAUUAACGUUUUGCUGCAAGCAUAUAUUUCACAGUUGAAGCUUGAAGGGCUUUCAUUGACUUCUGACAUGGUCUACAUUACUCAGAGUGCGGGACGGCUUCUUCGAGCUCUUUUUGAAAUUGUCUUGAAACGAGGAUGGGCACAAUUAGCAGAGAAGGCUUUGAACUUGUGCAAAAUGGUUGGCAAGAGGAUGUGGAGUGUCCAAACACCCCUUCGGCAAUUCAGUGGAAUAUCAAAUGAUAUUUUGAUGAAGUUGGAGAAGAAGGAUUUGGCAUGGGAAAGGUAUUAUGACCUCUCAUCCCAGGAGCUUGGGGAGUUGAUUCGUGCUCCCAAAAUGGGAAGAACACUUCAUAGGUUCAUUCAUCAAUUCCCCAAGCUUAACCUGGCAGCCCAUGUGCAGCCGAUUACUCGCACUGUUUUGAUGGUUGAGCUCACGAUAACUCCUGACUUUCAAUGGGAAGACAAGAUUCAUGGAUAUGUAGAGCCGUUUUGGGUAAUUGUGGAGGAUAAUGAUGGUGAAUAUAUUCUUCAUCAUGAAUAUUUUAUGUUGAAGAAACAGUACAUUGAUGAGGAUCAUACUUUGAAUUUUACUGUUCCAAUUUAUGAACCCCUGCCACCUCAGUACUUCAUUCGUGUUGUAUCAGAUAGGUGGCUUGGGUCGCAAACCGUUUUACCUGUAUCUUUCAGGCACCUCAUCUUACCGGAAAAAUAUCCUCCCCCAACAGAGUUAUUGGACCUGCAGCCAUUGCCUGUGACUGCACUGAGGAAUCCGUCAUAUGAAGCUCUAUAUCAAGAUUUUAAGCAUUUUAAUCCUGUCCAAACCCAGGUCUUCACUGUUCUGUAUAAUUCAGAUGACAAUGUCUUAGUUGCUGCACCAACAGGGAGUGGGAAAACAAUUUGUGCGGAGUUUGCUAUAUUGAGGAAUCAUCAAAAAGGCCAUGACAGUGUGAUGCGAGUUGUGUAUAUUGCACCCAUUGAAGCUCUUGCGAAGGAACGUUAUCGGGAUUGGGAGAGGAAGUUUGGGAAGGGACUGCAAAUGCGCGUUGUUGAAUUAACUGGCGAAACAACAACAGACUUGAAACUGCUUGAGAGAGGUCAAGUUAUCAUCAGUACUCCAGAGAAAUGGGAUGCUUUAUCUCGCCGCUGGAAACAGCGGAAACAAGUCCAGCAAGUUAGUCUCUUCAUUGUAGAUGAGCUCCACCUGAUAGGUGGUCAAGGGGGUCCUGUUUUGGAGGUCAUAGUCUCCAGGAUGAGAUAUAUAGCCAGUCAGGUUGAUAACAGGAUUCGAAUUGUUGCUCUAUCAACUUCCCUUGCUAAUGCCAAGGAUCUUGGAGAAUGGAUAGGGGCUACCUCUCAUGGUCUUUUCAAUUUUCCUCCUGGAGUACGUCCUGUGCCCCUGGAAAUACACAUACAGGGGGUGGAUAUAGCAAAUUUUGAAGCAAGGAUGCAAGCGAUGGCAAAACCAACCUACACUGCAAUUGUCCAGCAUGCCAAGAAUGGGAAACCAGCUAUUGUUUUUGUUCCUACUAGGAAGCACUGUCGGCUUACAGCGGUGGAUCUGAUGACUUACUCAAAUGCAGAUAGCGGAGAGAAGCCGCCAUUUCUAUUGCGGUCCCUGGAAGAUCUUGAGCCGUUUCUUGACAGAAUCCAUGAUGAAUGGUUGAAAGCCACUUUACGUCAAGGAGUGGGCUACUUGCAUGAGGGCUUAUCCAGUUUGGAUCAAGAAGUAGUGUCACAGCUUUAUGAAGCUGGAUGGAUUCAAGUGUGUGUUAUGAGCAGUUCAAUGUGUUGGGGGGUGCCAUUGUCAGCUCAUUUGGUGGUUGUGAUGGGAACACAAUAUUAUGAUGGCCGGGAAAAUGUUCACACAGAUUACCCUGUUACUGAUCUGUUGCAGAUGAUGGGUCAUGCCAGUCGGCCUCUGUUAGAUAAUUCUGGGAAAUGUGUCAUCCUCUGCCAUGCUCCUCGUAAAGAAUACUACAAGAAGUUCUUGUAUGAAGCAUUCCCAGUUGAAAGCCAUUUGCAUCACUACCUACAUGAUAAUCUAAAUGCAGAAGUCGUUGCUGGGAUUAUUGAGAACAAGCAAGAUGCUGUUGAUUACCUUACAUGGACCUUCAUGUACAGGAGGCUGGCACAGAAUCCAAACUAUUAUAAUCUUCAGGGAGUUAGUCACAGACAUCUUUCUGAUCACCUUUCAGAGCUUGUAGAAAAUACCUUGAGUGAUUUGGAGGCAAGUAAGUGUGUUUCUAUUGAGGAUGACAUGGACCUUUCUCCUUUGAAUCUUGGCAUGAUCGCAUCAUAUUAUUACAUUGGCUACACUACCAUAGAGCGUUUCAGUUCUUCUUUGACCUCAAAAACAAAGAUGAAGGGCCUCAUAGAAAUUCUAGCUUCAGCUUCAGAGUAUGAUGAGCUUCCAAUACGACCAGGGGAGGAAGAUGUGGUUCGGAGGCUAAUUAACCACCAGAGAUUUUCUUUUGAAAAUCCUAAAUGCACAGAUCCUCAUGUCAAAGCAAAUGCUUUACUUCAGGCCCACUUCUCGAGGCAGCAUGUGGGUGGGAACCUAGCACUUGACCAAAAGGAAGUGCUCCUUUCCGCUGGUAGAUUGCUUCAGGCGAUGGUUGAUGUGAUUUCAAGCAAUGGCUGGCUGACCCUGGCUCUUCUUGCAAUGGAAUUAAGCCAGAUGGUUACGCAGGGUAUGUGGGAGCGCGAUUCCAUGCUUCUACAGCUUCCCCACUUCACGAAGGAGUUGGCAAAGAAAUGCCAAGAAAAUCCGGGUAAAAGUAUCGAGACGGUGUUUGAUUUGGUGGAGAUGGAAGAUGAUGAGAGGCGGGAACUUCUUGAGAUGUCAGAUUCACAGUUGCUGGAUAUUGCGAGGUUCUGCAACCGUUUUCCGAACAUAGAUUUAACAUAUGAAGUGGUGGAGGGUGAUGUAGUGCGGGCUGGGGAUGAUAUUACACUGCAAGUUACUCUUGAGCGGGAUCUUGAGGGGAGGACAGAGGUUGGCCCUGUGGAUGCACCCAGGUUUCCCAAGGCGAAAGAAGAAGGGUGGUGGCUUGUGGUGGGUGAUAACAAGACUAACUCGUUGCUUGCCAUCAAGAGGGUUUCCCUGGUAAGGAAAUCCAAGGUGAAGCUCGACUUUACAGCUCCUGCAGAUGCUGGAAAGAAGACGUAUACUCUCUAUUUUAUGUGCGAUUCCUAUUUGGGUUGUGAUCAGGAGUAUACCUUCUCAGUAGAUGUGAAAGAAGCGGAGCCCGAUGAAGAAGACAGUGGGAGAGAAUAGAGAAAGCUUUAUUUGUAGUUCCCUAAUCUAAUUUAUAUCUCUCUUUCAGGAAAUCUAAUACUAAAUUUUGUAUUGGCAGAUUCUCUUCUUCCUUAUUAGAUUGUUAAGAACGACAGAUGCGUUGAGUUGUUAUGAUUCUCUGUAUUUUCAUUACUGGUGUUGCAGAUUAUUGCCUUAAAACGAAGUUUAGUCGUUGAGAAA